ACCAGUACAUGACUACUACAGACCAGCACAUUACUACUACAGACCAGUACAUACCAGUACAUGACUACCACAGACCACUACAGACCAGUAUAGACCAUUUUGGUGACAAGUGGAACCAGCAGGAUCAUUUUGAUGGGACUCCCAGACCAGAGGGUUGUGAGUGGACAGAGAGUGACCCCAUGCCUCUGAGUCCGGCUGCCGAUGCUAAGCAUGACCCCCCUGAACGUCCCCGGCAACCAGCCACUACCAACGGCAACCAGCCAGGUCCCGCCCUUGCCAGGGACGACGGGAGAACUUCCUCCCCAGAUCCUCCUGACGACGGCUCCAGAAACAGCAUCGUCAUCCGUAUUGGCAUCCCUGACCUGCAGCAGACGAAGUGUCUGCGGUUGGAUCCCGAAGCAGCGGUGUGGAGCAGUAAGCAGCGUGUGUUAGUGACUCUAACACAGAGUCUGACUGAUGUUCUAAACUACGGCCUGUUCCAACCGGCCUUCAACGGACGAGCUGGGAAGUUCCUAGACGAGGAACGACUGCUGAAAGACUACCCUCUACCCCCCAUCACUCCUAUUCCCUACCUAGAGUUUCGCUAUAAGAGGCGUGUUUACACUCAGAGCUAUGUGGACGACAAGCAGCUAGCAAAGCUCCAUACCAAGGCCAACCUAAAGAAGUUUAUGGAGUAUGUCUACCAGCGCAACGUUGACAAAGUCUCCAGGUUCUUGGAGAAAGGCCUUGAUCCUAAUUUUCAUGAUGCUGACACAGGAGAAUGCCCCCUAACCCUGGCGGUACAGCUAGAGGGCAGUGCAGAACUGAUUAAAAUUCUGAGGAGUGGAGGAGCUCACCUGGACUUCAGGACUAGAGACGGAAUCACAGCGCUGCACAGAGCUGUUCUCUCUAGGAACCACACAGCACUCACAACUGUGUUGGCCCUGGGUGCGUCUCCAGACUAUAGGGACAGUCGUGGGUUAACUCCUUUGUACCACUGUGCCAUGGUGGGGGGAGACCCGUACUGCUGUGAACUGCUGCUACAUGAACACGCUGUCAUAGGCAGCACCGACGAGAAUGGCUGGCAGGAGAUACACCAGGCAUGUCGUCAUGGGAACGUACAGCACCUGGAACAUCUGCUGUUUUACGGAGCCGACAUGAGCUCCCAGAAUGCCUCAGGAAACACUGCCCUGCACCUGUGUGGUCUAUACAACCAGGACGGCUGUGCCAGAGUUCUGCUGUUCAGAGGAGCGAAUAAAGACAUUAAGAACUACAACAACCAGACAGCUUUUCAGGUGGCCAUCAUUGCUGGGAAUUUUGACCUGGCAGAGAUCAUUAAGAUCCAUAAGGCCUCAGACGUAGUGCCUUUCAGAGAGAGCCCUUCCUAUUCCUCAAAGCGCCGACGUCUGGGUGGGGCCAGUAAUGUUGGUGGGUGUGGCUUGUCAUCUCCCCGUUAUCUGAUUCGCUCAGCCAGCGACAACGCUCUUGAAAGCCCCGCCUCUUCUUCUCCUGGCCCCUCCCUCCACAGCCUGGAGAACACGCAAACUUCCAACCGGCAGACGGACAGACGGACAGACACACACAGCCUUCGCAGACAGACACGGCGCCUCAGCCCCAGUGGCAGGCUACAGAGGGACCCCAGUCCGCCCCCAUCUCCCCCCAGCCCAGUGCAGCGUGGGAAACGUAGGCUGUACAGCGCCGUGCCGGGGAGAACGUUCAUCGCUACACGCUCUCACACACCGCAGGGUCCCGGAGAGAUUAGCCUGCAUCGUGGGGAGAGGGUCAAAGUGCUGAGUAUAGGAGAAGGAGGGUUCUGGGAGGGCUCAGUUAAAGGACGGACCGGCUGGUUUCCUGCUGACUGUGUUGAAGAGGUCCAGAUGAGACAAUACGACCCACGCCUAGAAACACGAGAGGAUCGCACCAAGAGGCUUUUCAGACAUUACACCGUGGGUUCCUAUGACAACUACACUUCCUACAGUGAUUAUGUCAUCGAGGAGAAGAGUUCUGUGCUACAGAAGAGAGACAGUGAAGGAUUUGGCUUCGUCCUCCGAGGAGCUAAAGCGGAGACCCCUAUAGAGGAGUUUGCUCCGACCCCAGCGUUCCCGGCGCUGCAGUACCUGGAGUCUGUUGACCUGGAGGGCGUGGCCUGGAGGGCGGGGCUACGCACUGGGGACUUCCUCAUUGAGGUGAAUGGUAGUGAUGUGGUGAAGGUGGGUCACAGACAGGUGGUGUCGUUGAUCCGUCAGGGAGGAAGCCAGCUGCUGAUGAAGGUGGUUUCAGUCACACGCAAACCUGAGUCGGACUUAGUCCGUAAGAAAGCACCUCCCCCGCCUAAGAGAGCACCCAGCACGUCGCUCACACUGCGCUCCAAAUCCAUGACUGCUGAACUGGAAGAGAUAGCCUCUGCCAGGAGGAGACGAGGGGAAAAGCUUGAGGAGAUGCUGACUGGCUCCCAGGAGGUGGUGAUGAGAAAACGCCCCUCGGAGGCGGACUACAGAACGGCCACCGUGAAGCAGCGGCCAACCAGCAGACGAAUUACUCAGCAAGAGAUCAAUUCUUUGUUUGAGCGGCAGGGCAUGCCUGUUCCUCCAGGUGUUUCCCUGGGUCUGGAGAAAGCCACCAUGCAGCUGCCCCGAGGAAUGUCCCGGACCAAGUCCUUCGGUGCACCAGAGGACGACAGGAUCUCUGCUCUGAUUGGAGAGCAUCGGUUUCCACGGAGCUCCUCGAUGACUGAUAGCUUCAUACCUCCUCCUCCCCAGACUGCCCCCCCUCCUCCCCCCUCCCACUACUUCCUGGACUCUGGCCCGCCGCCGGCCUUCUGCCCCCCACCUCCCCCGCAGCGAGCAGCCGAUCAAUCACACUCCAGCUUCAAGCCGGGGGCAGAACCCAGGCUGCACGACGUCUGUGAUUCGCCAACGUCUCGGAGCCAUGCAGAGCGGCAGAGGAAAGCUCGCUCAAUGAUCAUCCUGCAGGACUCACCUGUACCAGGCCAUCUACCUGCAGAGCCUGCCCCCCUGGCCCCCCUAGCCCGACCUCCUGCUGGGGCUACAGCCCCCCUGUCCCGGCCCAGCCCUGCUGCCUCCCCCAGCCCCCUCUCCAGAACCAGCCCUGCCCCCAGCCCCAGCCCCAGCCCCCUCUCCAGAACCAGCCCUGCCCCCAGCCCUAACCCUCCAGGGGAGCGCAGCGGCAACAGGAGGCGUGGCCGGCCAGUAGAGAACCCAUAUGCCAACGUGGGCCAACUGCCUGCCCCCCCCAGCAAGCCUCAGCGCCGCAAGUCUCCGCUGCUCAAACAGCUGCAGGUGGAGGAGGGGCCCAGCAGGGCGGAGCUAUAUCAGCAGCAGGUCCUCACUGAGCGUGCUCAGAUACGGGUCAUGCCCCCUCAGGUCCGUCGGUCCUCCUUCUUCCUGUCUGUGGAGGGAGGGGCUUCAGAGCCCCCCCCCAUCCUACUGACCCAGUCCCACUCUGUAGAUGACCUGGGGGAGCUGCCCCCCCCCAUCCCCGUCCUCUCCCCCUCCUCCUCCCCCCACUCCACUUUUCUCCACCCACUGACAGGCAAGCCUCUGGACCCCUCCUCCCCCCUCGCCCUGGCCCUCGCCGCCCGUGAACGAGCUCUCACUGCACGCACACCCAGCCCUGAACCUCGGCCCAAACACACACACACACCUAGCCCCGAAGCCAGACCCAAACACACACACUCACCUAGCCCUGAGCCCAGGCCCAAACGCACCCCUCCUCCCUUGACCAGCCCUGAGCCCCGACACAAACGUAUCACCCCACCCAUAUUCCUUGAAGGACAGCUGGAGCGGCCAGUCGUAGAGCGGCCAGAGACAGAAGGCGGAGUCACAUCUCCUGCUGUGCCCUCCCCCGAGCGUUGGCAGGCUAUGCCCCUCCCUCCCAUCAGUCAGGUGACCAUCAAUAUAACCAAUGACAGCCAGCCGGCAGGACGGGGUCUGGGGGAAGAGCUGAUUGAGGCGCUGCAUGGACAAUUACAAAGGAGGAGGAGUCUGACUGUUGGCAGCUCAGAGGAGGAGGGCGGACCUUAUAUGGUGACCCAGGGCCAAUCAGAGAGGAGGAAGAGUCUGGAGGGCGGGCCUUACACGGUGACUCUGCCCCCUGCACUGCUGUCAUCCAGUGACGAGGAGACGAGGGAGGAGCUUCGUAAGAUUGGACUGGUGUCUCCUCCCCUGGCGUUUGCCACGCCCCCCUCCCCCACCCAGCCCCCCUCCUCCCUCAGCCUGUCACCACGGAGACCCCAGGCAGGCGAGGGCGAGGGCGGGGGAGGGGGGGGGUCAGCUCCAGACUCAGGGGUGGAGGAGGGAGACCCUCACAUAGAGAACACCUUAUCCCUUAGCAGCACCCUGGCCCCCAGCCUGUCCCCCACCCUGCCCUGCCCUGCCACGCCGAAAACCCUGCCCUCCUCCACCUCAGACCCCCAGAGCCUGAAGCCCAGGCUGCGUUCUCCCCUGGGCCGUGGUCGCUCUGCUCUCAGGGAUCCUCUACUGAAACAGUCUUCAGACAGCGAGCUGCUUCCAUCAGGCUGUGGACCUGGACGCCCACCUCCAUACCUCUUCCAGAGGAGAUCCAAACUUUGGGGGGAGGUGUCUGAGCCUCGGCCCAGGCAGAGUAGCCCUGAGGAGGGCAGACUGACUGCAGUGGGUGGUGGUGGGCUGGAGCUGGCCUCACGUCUCCAGUUACUGAGUAAAGACUCCCACUCACUGGGGGAGGAGCCUGCAGCAAUGGACCCAGGACGCAGGUCCCCUGUUGGUGGAGCAAGGUUGUUUAGUAGUCUUGGGGAUGUCCACACCAUCUCCCAGAGAGGUUUCGGUGGCACUACCUACACAGUCCGGCCGGGGAGCCGCUACCCAAUCACGCCUCGCCGCAGUCCCAGCCCCUCCCCCUCACCUGCCCCUGUCCUCCCCCACUCCCCAGACAGGUCAGAGGUCAGUCCUGGGCGGGGCUUUGGCCUUAGCUCCUCCCAUCACCACCACACCAUCCUCAAGUCUUCUAGCCUCAGCUUGCCUUCGGAGCCCAAGGAGGUCCGCUUCGUAAUGCGGAGUGCCAGUGCUCGAAACCGCUCCCGCUCCCCCUCCCCCUCCCCCCACGCCUCCCCCUGCCCCUCCCCCGUACUGGGUUCCCCCCUGCUAACCCUGCGGCCAUGGCGCCAGCGCCCUCUGGCCCUGUGGAGUAAGUAUGAUGUGGGAGACUGGCUGGAGAGUGUUGGUCUGGCAGAGCAUCGUGCCCGCUUCCAGGAGCAUGAGAUUGAGGGUUCCCACCUCCCUGCCCUAACCAAGGAUGACUUCGCUGAACUGGGCGUGACACGAGUCGGACACCGCAUGAACAUUGAGCGAGCACUCCGACAACUACUGGAUAACUGAACCACUAAUCCCUGAUAUCACUGGAGGGCUGUCACACCUGAACCCUAACCAUCUGUGGAGGUCAUCUGGCAACACCAGUGGCUGUAUCCUGGCAACACCAGUGGCUGUAUCCUGGCAACACCAGUGGCUGUAACCUGGCAACACCAGUGGCUGUAACCUGGCAACACCAAUGGCUGUAUCCUGGCAACACCAGUGGCUGUAACCUGGCAACACCAAUGGCUUUAUCCUGGCAACACCAGUGGCUUUUUUCUGGCAACACCAGUGUCUGUAUCCUGGCAACACCAGUGGCUGUAUCCUGGCAACACCAGUGGCAGUAUGCUUUCAGAUGUCUAUUUUCCAAAGACAGCAUCACAUGGAGUUGAGCAUUUAGUAUUAACUUUUUAUGAAUAUACAAGAAAAUACCUCCUCCAUCGAAAUAUCUAGAAUAUCGACAUAUUUUCCAAUAAUGAAAUUGAUGAUAAAUGGUUAUUAGGAAUAGAUAUAUUUAAACAAAAUGAUGUGUUUCAUGACAACUAUUGUGUUUAGGGAAGGAUGAGAAGAGGAUGAGACUUCAUCGUUACCCUGUUAGUGCUCGCCCAUACGACUGGCAUAUUAUUAUUAUUAGAUUAUUAGUGUACUACAUUACCCUGUUUGUGUGCUACACUACAUUACCGUUAGUCUACUACAUUACCCUGUUAGUCUACUACAUUGCCCUUUUGGUUUACCCUGUCAGUCUACUACACUACCCUGUUAGUCUACUACAUUACCCUCUUAGUCUACUACACUACCCUGUUAGUCUACCCUGUCAGUCUACUACAUUACCCUGUCAGUCUACUACAUUACCCUGUCAGUCUACUACUUUUCCCUGUUGUCUACCCUGUUAGUCUGCUACACUACCCUGUUAGUCUACCCUGUUAGUCUACUACACUACCCUGUUAGUCUACUACACUACCCUGUUAGUCUACCCUGUUAGUCUGCUACACUACCCUGUUAGUCU